GUUAUUAUUUUAUUGUUUUCUCAUAAUGUUAGUCGACACCUGUAUAGUAAUAUCAGACUGAUCUUCAAACCUAACGGUGGAUCUUCUGUGUUGAAGUCGUCAGUCGGUGCGUCCUCGUGCGCGCGUGCGCACGCGCACUCUCAAGGUGCGUCUCGCCUCUGAUCUGAGGACAGUUUGAAACCGGCGAACACAAUGCAGCACAUGUCUUCUCCGGUCAGAUUCCGCAACAGUAAGAAAGCUGCAACUUUCUCAGAAAAGCAGCUGUCCAGCUUGUCCAUAGAGGACCAGGAAGACAUACAGUUCCCUUUUGCGAUGAGAGAUCUGCCCCCUGUCUCUCACUCGGCUGGGCAGCUUCAUAUGACAGACCAUCACAUGGCAGAGGAACCAUCCAGUGAGAGAUUCUCUGGCUUUCCCACGAAUCCCCCUCGUCCCUGUCCCAGCCCGUGCUCGCCGAAGAUUCCUCCCAGAGCGAAUCCUGCUGGACUGAACUCACAGAUUCCACCUUUACCCAUGAGGAGUCCAGUCGUGUCUCAGGUGUCUGUGGACUGUCCACUCAGCCCGGCCUCACGACCACGCAGCCCCUGGGGGCGCUUUGAUCCCUACGACUCUCCAGAGGAUCAGGAUAAGGAGUAUGUGGGUUUUGCCACAUUACCCAAUCAGGUUCACAGGAAGACAGUGAAGAAAGGUUUCACGUUCACGCUCAUGGUGGCUGGAGAGUCUGGUCUCGGCAAAUCCACACUAAUCAACAGUUUGUUUCUCACUGACCUCUACAAAGACAGGAAAGUUCCUAAUGCUGAAGAACGGAUCAGCCAAACGGUCGACAUCAUCAGACACACGGUGAGCAUUGAGGAGAAAGGAAUCAAACUGAAGCUGUCCAUCAUAGACACACCGGGGUUUGGAGAUGCCAUCAACAACACAGAAAGCUGGAGGCACGUGGAGGACUACAUUGACCACCAGUUUGAACAGUACUUCAGGGAUGAGAGCGGGUUGAACCGAAAGAACAUUCAGGACAACAGAGUCCACUGCCUUCUCUAUUUCGUCUCUCCGUUUGGCCAUGGCCUUCGUCCUGUGGAUGUGGGGUGCAUGAGAGCCCUGCAUGAGAAAGUCAACAUAAUUCCUCUUUUGGCCAAAGCGGACAGCCUGACACACUCAGAGCUCCACAGAAAAAAAAUGAAGAUCAGAGAGGAGAUUAAAGAGUUUGGGAUAAACAUCUACCAAUUUCCAGAGUGCGACUCAGACGAGGACGAAGACCUGAAGACACAAGAGCGGAUUCUCCAGGAUAGCAUACCGUUCGCUGUGAUUGGGAGCAACAUUCAAGUGGAGAGUAAAGGCCGCAAGUUCAGGGGUCGUUCCUAUCCAUGGGGAGUUGUAGAAGUAGAGAAUCCGGCUCAUUCGGAUUUCCUGCUGCUGAGGAACAUGUUGGUGAGGACUCACAUGCAAGACCUGAAAGACGUAACCAGAGAGAUGCACUAUGAAAACUACAGGGCCCAGUGCAUCCAGAACAUGACGCUCAUGAUGGUGCAGGAAAAGAAACGCAGUUUGCAUGAGAGGUUUCAAGCAGGAAGAGAGGCGGAGUUCCCCUUACCGCUGGCAGCCAUUGACACCGAGAAGGAGAGGCAGAUCAUUGAGAAAGAUGAGGAGCUAAGGAGGAUGCAAGAGGUGCUGGAUAGGAUCCAGGAGCAGAUGCAACACAGCCAGAGAGGCAGUUGUUGAUUCCCUCAUGGAUCCCUUAGAGCUGAGAAACACGGAUCACGGAGGAGGCAAUGGCAACCAGGAAAAGAAAGCUGCCAUGUCUGGAAUGACACCCUCUCUAAGGGUGCGCAUUUUUUAGAGGAACAGUUCAAAGGAAAGUGUAACAGAAUUUGCAGAGUUUAGCAUCAUUAUUUCAUGCCGUGCAAAUUGCUUGUGGUAUUUCCCAGCAUGCAUCCAGAGGAAAUAAGGCUGUGCAGCUGAUCUGAAUGAUGAUAAGGACUCUAGUAUGUUACUUUUUAAUUGUGUGCACUGCCAUCUAGUGGUUGACAUUUUCAACGUGUGAUAUUUUUGAUGACGGCUUUUUGUGUGCAUUUUUUUUUGUAUCUUACAUUUUCUGUUUUCCAACAUAAAAUAAAAACUGCUGUUAAAGGA